AUGCAAGUCCACAAGCAACUAAGAAAAGAACUUGUUAUUGGUGCCAGCAAUAGCCAGAGAAUAAUCUACAGCGAAAGGAAAUUCAAGUGUGAAUUUCUACCAAAGAAGUUGCUACAUGGAAGCUUCCACAGAGUUAAUACUGAGACCAUCGACUUCGCGAGCACCGGCGUGAACCACACAGAAGGGGGAUGGCCCAGGGACAUGUCCACGACUGACAAAGAUCAAAAGGUCCGGUACAGGAAGAAGGUUGAGAAGGAUGACGUGUAUAUUCAUUCAGUACUUCAGCUGGGUCAGAAAGUCGAGCACUGCAUCCGCCAGAACAACGCCAUCGACAUCUACGAGAUGUACUUUACCGACGAGGAGAGCCCUAUGGUGGCCGAACCAGAGCCCAUCAAGACCGUGAACGUGAUCAGGGACCCACAAGGAGGUCAAAGGAUGGUGACCUCGAUUAGUUUUUGUCCGGAAGGAGGUCAUAAGAUCGCUGCUGCCUACUCCUCCUCGAAGUUCAUGGCGCUGACGGACGCUCGAGCUGAAGCAAAUAAAAUUCUUCCUGUUCCUUGUACAUUGUCGAUUGUUAAUUCCCGUACGAGUUCCCAUUCCUUCCCUCCAGACACGAGCAGCAGCCCAGAGAUGGAAUUACACGCACCUUCUUGGCUACAGUGUAUCAAGUAUAACAGCAAGGACACACAUGUUAUAGCCGCGGGGCUCUACAACGGCCAGGUGUCCUGGUGGGACACGCGACAGGGUCCCCGCCCCGUGGAGUCGACGUCGCUGGAAGUGAGUCACGCGCAGACGGUCACGGCGCUCACGUGGAUGGCUCUCAAAGCACGAACUGAGCUCUUCACAGUCUCUACGGAUGGACAGGUACUGUGGUGGGACACGCGAAAGCUCUCUCAACCCACAGACACCUUAGUCCUUGACCCACUGCGAGAAGACCCACCCAACAUCACACGGGCUUUGACUGCGACCUGCGUGGAAUACGAGGUCAGUAUGCCCACGAAGUUAAUGGUGGCCACGGAACAAGGGAAGGUCGUGGCCUGUAAUAGACGGGCGAGGAGUCCACCAGACAGGAUCAGCAUGAUCUACAACGCCCACAUCGCGCCCAUCUACGCCAUCCAGAGGAACCCAUUUCUGCUCAAAAACUUCAUGACGAUCGGUGACUGGACGAUCAAGCUGUGGGCGGAAGAUUUCAAGGAGUCUCCCAUACUGUGGACCAAACCUUCGCCGUCACAGAUGCGGAGUGGCUGCUGGAGUGCCACAAGGUCUUCAGUGUUGUUUACAGCCCGGUUAGAUGGCACUCUGGAUGCCUGGGACCUUCUGACCUCCUGGCACGCUCCCUCGGCUUCGGUGCAGAGCAUUAGGGACGCCACAAAUAUUGCUUCGAAAUCCAAUUCACCGAAAUUCAUUUAUCCCAACGUGGUCGACGAAGGCCUCGAGGUAGUGGGCGCACACGACGGUGGGCGACUUCUGGUGGUGGGUUCUCAGCUCGGCACGCUCUCCCUCCUGCACGUCCCUUCCAGGCUGGUCACGCCCUCGGACAAGCAUGAAAAGGCCUUUCCUAAUAAUCUUCGGUGUUCUGGCAGAUACAUUGUCAAACUUACCGCCGUUGAAUUCAUAGUUUUAAGCAUAAGGCCUAUAAACGGCGAAAAUAGUGUUCUCUUCAAAGGUCAUUGUCAGCAAAUCCUGGAGCGGGAGACGAGGCGCGAGCGAGUCCUCGAGGCGCGCCACAAGGAGCAGCGCCUUCGGGAGCGUGUCCGCGGCGGCGCCGGGAGACCGAGGCGAGAGGAGGAGAGCCUCGAGGGAGACGACGGCGUGAAGCAAGCCGAGGAAGGAGUACUUGAGGAGAGUCGAGGAGGUGAGGCUAAUGGGGAAUUAGGGCUAUGGGGGAUGAAGCUGAGGACGCAGCUGGAUCAGGAGGAUGCGACCCCCGCCGUCGCCGUCCAAAUCAACACCGCGGAUGAAACAACAGGCCACGAUGCAUCAGCCCAGAACGGCGACCGAGGCUCUCCCGUGGACACCGAGGACCUCAAGAGCUUCUCGAGCAGUGGUUCUGCCGAGCGCUAG